CGUUCCCUUGACUGGUAUCGAACUCGUCCAUCAGAUUAUGCCAGUAAUGCCGAUGCUGAUUACCGCCUGUCAUCCUCUCCCUUUACGAGCUUUCUCUGUCGUCGCUUCUUUUUGUUCCGGCCAUUCAAGAAUUUGGAACUCUUUCACUCUGUGGGCGUCAAUUGGCUCCUUCUCGUGUGCGCUCAGCAGCAACACCCACGAACACACGCAUUCACACGCGCGUCCAGACCGGCGCCUCCUUCGGAGGCCUACGUGCGUUGGUCUGUCUCGAGUCGUGACCCUCGCGGAAGCCACGCCCACGCUUCUCCAUUGGCCCGCCUGACUCACUCGCCGACGUGUAGCAACGUGCACACUCAACGUGCACCUCCUUCUCACCACGCACCGACUGACGGUGGUUCGGCGACCGCCUAUAAUAGACUCUCCUCGUUGUGGCCGGUCCUGGCAGCGACACAACCAACCAAACACUCGCACCAACAAUUCUGCUACCUUCGAGUCUCAGCCGGCUCCGCUUCAUGCGCCCACUCACGCCAAGAGCAUCGCAUCGUCUGCUCUACAUGCCCCGACACGACUUACGCUUCACCUGCACACCUGCACACCUCCUGA